AUGUACUAUCCGACGGUUCAUCGUAAAACAGGUACAACGCCGGGAAAGAAGCAGGUAUCGUUUUCGUUGGACAAUGCGAAUGAUAUUGCGAAUGAGCCGGCUGUCGAUGAUGUCGAACUGAGCGAGAGCGGUGACGAUCACAACGAAAAUAUGAACGCCGGUCAUGGCUACAAUUUUGUUCGGCGACGUGACACAAUUGUCGACGAGAAUGCCAUGCAGCAUCUCCUUCUUCAUGAAAGCAUUUGGAGCAACGCGUUUCGAAAAAGGCGCCGAUUCGAUAAUGAUAAUGCGUCAACAGUCUCCAAAUUUCAGCGGUUCGCUGCUAUUAUUCAGAUAAUUUACGACAAGUCAAGAGUUCAUAAUCUUAUUCCAAUUAUUCUUUUAAUUGCUUAUUCGGUAAUUGGAGGAUUAAUUUUCUGGUCGAUUGAAAAACCACACGAAGAAGUUAUAUUAGCCGAGAAGCGGAAUUUCAUUGGUUCGCUGACAAACGAUCUUCUUGAAGAUAUUCUUUAUAUUCAUACACGACUUGUUGAUUUUAAUCGCGCUUAUAGAAAUGAUACCGACCGCUUGAAUUUACAUUAUAGGGAUUAUCGGAAAUAUGCAUUAAAUAAACUUCACAAGAGCGUUUAUUGGUACACACUAUCUACAUUUUAUUUGACGGAGCACGAAAUGCAUAAGGUGGUCGCGUUGCGACCACGUGAGCCCGAGCCCAUUUGGAAGCGGCAUUUCGAGAGCAAUUUGGGACGAAUUCGAGCGCUGAAGAAUUACACUGAUCAACUAUGUCUUCGAUGUUGGGAACUUGGUGUAGAAGGCGCGGCUAAUGGUUGGACAAUGGUUGAUUAUAGUUUAAAGGUCAAUGCAAGUGUCGAAGAAUACAAUAUGUCUGUUGGUCUUGGGCAUGUGUUAACACCAGUGUGGACCUUUUGGAAUGCAAUGUUCUUAGCAGUAACAACUUAUACAACAAUCGGGUAUGGAAAUAUAACGGCAAAAACGGAUCUAGGAAAACUUGCUGCAAUGGUUUACGCUGUCAUCGGCAUCCCUCUAGUUCUUAUGAUUCUCCAUAAAUCAGGACGACUCUUUUUAAUGGGAUUGGAAAGAAUGUGGGAUUUUAUGAUCAGGGUAGCUGAGCAUUUUUGUGUCGGAUCAGGAAAGCAGCGUGUCAAGGUUUCAGAAGAGGAUCGAAUUUCUGAAAUGCCGCUGACAUUGGCGAUUGGUGUGGCAUUUAGUUGGAUGUUCCUUUGCGCGGCAAUUUUUCUUCGAUUCGAGAAAGAUUGGGACUACUUCAAAAGCUUCUACUUUUUCUUCUGCUCUCUUACUACUAUUGGAUACGGCGAUGUUACUCCAACAAACAGCGAGGAUAUGUUUAUAAUAUUUGGAUUGAUUAUAAUCGGGCUCUCUUUAGUAUCAAUGUGCAUUAAUGUGAUUCAAUUAAAGCUCGAAAAGUUCUUUGAGGAACUCUUGCUAACCCUCAUGGAAGAAUAUAAUGCGGAUCCGGAUGGUACUAGACUCAAAGCGGGAACCAUUGGAAUGAUGGAGAUGUGGAGGGCGUGGAAAAAGCGAAAAGGGCGAAUUGGGAAUGGUUUGGAGAAGGCAAAAAGCGCGAGAAUUGCCGCCAACAAAGCAAGCGAAAAUUUUGUGAAGAUGUUGCCAUUUUCGAGGCGAAGAGAACGCCAACACCUCAUCGCCGAAUUGCAACGAAAAUUGCAACGAAAAGACAAAUCGACGCAAACCGAUUUUUAUAGUGAGGAAGUGUUCAAUGAGCCGAGUGAUGUCGACAGUUGUGUCACGGAUUUCCGGAAUUCUGUGACUUCUGAAAAAUCUCACGCACAUCUCCUGCUAAUUCCUGAUGGUCCCAUCUGUGGGCCGUCAAGAUGUGAGAGCCGACCGGUUGUAGCAAUGGCCGAGCCGUCGUUUUGCUCCUCGUCUUCACUUGUGCCCCCGUCAUUGCCGUCGCUUACAAAUCGAGCUAGCUCCCCAUUCCCUACCUCAUCCUCCAGCUCGAGAAUGUCAGGUUCGGCAAAAUCAGCGCCGGCGGCGAGCCCAAACCGUCAGCCAAUUGAUUUCGAUCCUACACGCCGAUGGACAUUUGUCGCCACAAAUAGGAAUCAAAGAGGCCAACCACGCGGCCUUGUUGUUCCUUAUAUGUACACAAGAAAUUUGAACUCCGUUGUUCAUAAAACAGAGGUUCGCCGCCUGAUUGCCGAGAUUGAUGUCAGAUUACAGGAUUGUCGUUCUUUAAAUACUCCGAAUAAUUCGGUAAGAGGAACAGUGACAGGAAGCUCAAUGACACGCUCACUGCGAUCCGAAUCAUCAAUCCCAGAAGAAUUAUAA